UUACAAAUUAGUUUUCUUACGAUUUCCAAUUUCUCCACCAAAAACUUCACAAGAUCUUAUAGUAGACAAACCAAUGGCCUCUAUGGUCAAUAUUAUGAGUCCAAUGGUUUCUAAAAACCUCAUUACCAAUUUCAAAAUUUUGCAUCUCAAACCCGAUCUACCUUCUCUACAAUACUCCAGGGUCAAUGCAAUCAGGAAUGGUCCAAUAAAAAAGAUGAAGAAGUAUGGCUCAAGGAGAAGUAUCGUGGUCUCGUGUUUAGAUCAACCUAUGUCUAUGCCAAAUCAGCUCUCGGGAUACGACGCUGUUAUGAAGUUUUAUUCGUCUAUCAAUGAGAAGAAUCAAAAUCAACUAAGUAGUUGCAUCUCCAAUGAUUGCUUUGUCGAUGAUUUUUCCUUCUCUAAACCAUUUCAUGGGAAAAAGGAAGCUGUGAAGUUCUUUCAAGAACUGGUGAACAGUAUGGGACCAAACGUAAAGUUUUGUGUUGAAAAUGUUUGCGAAGGAGAUGGAUAUACUGCUGCUGUCAAUUGGCAUCUGGAAUGGAAAGGACAUACAAUUCCCUUUACGAGAGGAUGCAGCUUCUAUGAAUUUACCGACGAAGGAGGAAUACUGGUUAUAAGAAAUGCGAGGAUUUUGGUUGAAUCGCCAAUUAAACCGGGAGGAAUUGCAUUGACUUUGCUAAAGAACAUAACGUUCUUGUUCGACGAAUUCCCACAAGUUGCAGACUGGUUUCUGGGGAAGCCUUAUGAGAUAAUUCAACUAACACUAAGAAUCUAUGGUCUGUUUUUGGCGCCUCUCAUCGGCCAUGUAAUGGCAAGCUACCUGAAGCUAUUGAACAACAUGACUGAGUUCUUCUUACUGAUUUUGAAUAUUAUUAUCAAAACUCAAAGUAUGUUCUUUAAAUGGAAGCAAUAAUUAAGGAUUAUAUGGUUUCUUAUAUCUUUUGUGCUAGACUUGUAUUAGUAUUGUGAUUAAUUAUAUUUCAAGAGAAU